AUGUCGUCAACCACUGUUAACUAUCCAGAAGAGUUCAAAGGGUUUGCCAUCUCCGAUCCCUCGGAGUGGAGCAACCCAAAGCUCACGUCCUACGUGCCAAAGAACUUUGGCGAUAGAGACGUUGAUAUCGAGAUUGAGUGCUGCGGUGUGUGUGCGUCUGAGCUGUUCACCUUGAAGAACGAGUGGUCGAAGAGCGAGUUGGCUUGUAAGUCCUCUAGCUAUGGUCCUAAGACCCAGUGUGUGGGUCACGAAAUCGUCGGCAAAGUGUUGAAGGUUGGUUCCAAGUGUACCACUGGUGUGAAGGUUGGUGACAGGGUUGGGCUCGGUGCCAGCGCAUCUUGCUGUGCCGAGUGCUCUAGAUGUGAAGAGGACAAUGAGCAGUACUGCAAGCACCAGGUUGGUACGUACGCUGGUCGUUACCCUGAUGGCUAUGUGUCACAAGGUGGGUAUGCCUCUCACGUCAGAGCACACGAGAAGAUGGUGUUCCCGAUCCCAGAUGGACUGGAGUCCCACCUUGUUGCUCCACUGAUGUGUGGUGGUUUGACCGUUUACUCUCCAAUCAAGAGAAGCAUCGAAGACACACUGGCUAAGGGUAAGACCCCACACGUCGGUAUCAUUGGUAUUGGUGGCUUGGGUCAUAUGGCUAUCAUGAUUGCUAAGGCCCUUGGUGCCGAGGUGACUGCCUUCUCUAGAUCUUAUUCUAAGCAGGAGGACGCUACAAAGAUGGGUGCUCACAAAUUCAUUGCCACCGGCGUGGAGAAAGACUGGUCUAAGAACUACUUUGACUACUUUGAUGCCAUCAUCAACUGUGCCACUUCCACUGUUGACACCGAUGUUGAUGCCUUCCUCUCUACUUUGAAGGUUAACAAGAAGCUCAUUUCCGUUGGUUUGCCACACGUUGAUGAGAAACUACAAGUUUCUCCAUUCACCUUUUUGCAAAACGGUGUUUUCCUCGGUGCUUCUCUUCUUGGCUCUAGAAAAGAGGCCAUUGAACUCUUGCAAUUGGCUAAAGAUCACAAGUUUGCUCCAUGGGUUGAGACUUUGGACAUUAACGAAGCUAAUGUCAGUCAGGCGUUGACCAGAUUGAACGCUGGUGAUGUCAGAUACAGAUUCACAUUGGUUGGCUUCCAUGAGUUCUUUGGAACUGGUAAAUAG